CUAAUUUUUGAAAAAAAAUUAUCGAUAAUCAGGCAAAGCUCAUAAAUUGAACAAAGAAUUUAGGAAAUUGUUUCUUUUGGUCACACUGGACAAAACUAUUUUGGAAUACCCAUUUCCAUAAAAAGUUGUAUGCAGUAAAAUUUGUAUCAAGAAGUUUCAAAUAAAAUGGAUCUAGGCUCGAUUUAUUUCUGGGACAGUCUGAAGAAGGAUGUCGACAAGGCAAUCGCUAUUAAAACGAUGGGACAUGACCAAAUAAUAUCUGAUCUGAAGAAGGCACUUUGCUCUGACUUUCCGGACACCCCGAUAUACACCUUCGGGUCUCGGAUUAUGGGACUGGCAAGUGAUGGCUCGGAUCUGGAUAUUUAUGUGCAUGCUUAUGGUAAUGACGUUUACACCGACAAACCAACCCAUACAAUGUUGACAAAUCAGAUGAAAAUCGCCAAUGCCAUAAGAAUGAGUUCUGAGAAUUGGAUUUUUAUAAGAACUGUCGACGGAAUGUGUCCCCUAGUGGUUGUCCGGCACAAGCCAACGAAUAUAAUGUGUGACAUUAGCUUUUCAAGAAAGAUAUCCGCUGAUCAAAACAAUCUAGUUAACUACAUCUUUGAAUUGCAGCCUAUUGCUCGCUACAUGGUAACUUACCUUCGAGGCUGGGCCCAGAAACAUGGUUUAACCAAGUUUCGCGGACACAUAUUUAUCCUGAUGGUGAUAUUUUUCCUUCAGAUUCGUGGCAAACUGCCCAGUAUCAAGGAUCUCCAAGCUAACCUUCCGCCGAACUUUGGCCCUUGGAAAACCAAUUUCGUAAAGCUUGGCUUGUCUUCCUUUAAUAUGAAGACUGUUGCUUUGAAUGAGUCAGAAGUUCGUAAUAUUUUGAAAGAUUUCUUUGGCUACUACUCAGAAUUCAACUAUGCCCAAUUAAUCGUUUGUCCCUGGCUGGGAAAGGAACUCCGUCGCACUAUGAUUCAGGCACACAUGCCUUCAGGAAGCCAGCGCUAUUAUUGCCUUUACGUGUCCGAUCGCCAUGCAAUUAUCGUACAGGACAUGAUGCAUUUAAAUCAGAAUAAGGCAUUUCCAAUCGCACAACAUGAUCUACGCUCCUUUAAGGCAAAAUGCAAGGAUAUGAAAAUGAAUACUAAAUAGAGAUGUCGAUUUAAUAUAAAAAUAAAAAGCUAGCGAUUGUGCACAAACCUUCUGCAUAUUUUUUC